CUCUACAGCGAGCAAUGGGCGGCGGUACGGACGCGCGUUGAGGGAUUACAAUGGAGCGACCGGGCGGUGGUUUCUCUCACCGAGUGGGUGUCCGACCUCACCGGGGUCGUCACACCUGCCCCGCUCCGGCAGGAGAGCAGCGGGCUGCACCCGGAGCUCCGCAACAAGACGACGGCGGAGCUUUUGGACCUCAUGCAGUGGAGUGACUUGAUCAUAUUCGACUACCUGACCGCCAACUUUGACCGGCUGGUCAGCAAUCUGUUCAGCCUCCAAUGGGACCCGCGCGUUAUGGAGAGAGACACCAACAAUCUGCUAAAAACCCCCCGCGGGAACCUCGUCUUUAUCGACAACGAGGCCGGGUUAGUGCACGGCUUCCGGGUGUUGAACAUGUAGAAAUACCACCAGGCGGUGCUGAGCUCCGUGUGCGUGUUUAGGAGGAAGACCGCGCGGCGUGUGGCGGAGCUGCACCGGCGGAGGGACGCCAGGAGGAGACUGAUGGAGCUUUACCGAGACAGCGAGCUGUCCGCCAAGUUGGGGUUCCUCUCCGACGAGCACGCCGCCGUGCUCCAGGACAGGAUAGACAUCGUGCACACACACAUUUUACACUGCAAGGACAAGUAUGGCCAGUUGUGAGCAUUAGACCAGUGAUGGAAACUCUAUUAGGGCACAUUUUUGUCCUAAUUAUCUAACUCAGGGGUGUCCAAAGUGCGGCCGCGAGCUGCUCCUUCUUUUUUAGUGGGCCGUGACCAUACCUGUCAACAUUUACAUUUCAAAAUAUAGGACAUUUCUCCAAAAAAGGGGUAAAAUUACACCUGCUCAGUGGCCUUGGGGUUAGAGUGUCUGUCGUGAGUUCAAACCCCGGCCGAGUCAUACCAAAGACUAUAAAAAUGGGACCCAAUACCUCCCUGCUUGGCACUUUACGGAGCCCUAAAGCAGUGGUUCUUAACCUAUUGGAGGUACCGAACCCCACCAGUUUCAUAUGCGCAUUCACCGAACCCUUCAUUAGUGAAAAACAUAUAUAUAUUUUUUCAAAUUCAAGGAAAAGUUAUAUGUUUUUUUACUGGUGCACAAAAUGAACAGUGCAUGAACAUCACCUUGUUCAAAGAACAAAACCAACACAGUGCAUGAACUCACAACAAAUUACACACCUUAUACACAUUACCAUGAAUUUAUUAACGUGGACCCCGACUUAAACAAGUUGAAAAACUUAUUCGGAUGUUACCAUUUAGUAGUCAAUUGUACGGAAUAUGUACUGUACUGUGUAAACUGUACUGUUUCAUAUAAUGUAUUCUCUCCCUUUGCAAUCUGCUAGUAAAAGAUUCAAUCGAUCAAUCAAACAACCUGCAAAUCAAAUGGAAAAUUAGAGGGAACAUUGUUUGGGGGUAUCCAUAAAACGCCGAUAGGGAGAAGUUUUUAUUUACACGAUAAGUCGGAUGUGUCUUUACCUCUGUGGCGGAGGCUCCGCCGAACCACUGAGGUCGACUCACCAAACCCUAGGGUUCGAUCGAACCCAGGUUAAGAACCACUGCCCUAGUAGAGGACAAAACUUGAUUUUCCUGGCGAAAACAGGAAUGUUGACAGGUAUGCCCGCGCGACACAUUCUCAAGGCAAAAUAAACAUGUCCCAUAUUAGAACAUUACAAACAAAAAAAUUACACUGGCCUAAAUUCCCCCCGAAAUUAGCAUCAGAAAACCAAAAUGAUGUACGAUCUGUGCAUGGUUUCUGUGCGUCCUGUCAUAAUGAACAUGUGUACACAUUUAUUAUUUUCGAGUAUGCUACAGUAAAAUAGCCCUUAAAAGGUUUAGUUGGCGUAACAAUAACAAGAAGAAAUUAAUGGGGGCUGGAUUUAGGGCUGCAACUUUAAUUGUUUAAUCAGAAUAGAAAAAAGCUUUGAUUUAUAUUGCUUCGAUUAAUUCAGAACAUUAAAUAUGGGACCAUAGUUUUCACAUGGCCACUACAGUAGAGCACACUUGAGAACAGUGCGGUGUAGUGGGGAAUA